UGCUUCUCUUGUUUCUGAUAAUGGGCUUCACUGCCUUAAGGAGGAACAAUAACAACUUGCCCCCAUCUCCAGGAUGGGCAAUUCCACUUGUUGGCCACCUCUAUCUCGUUGGGAUGCAAGCACACAGAUCUUUGCAAGCACUCUCGCAAAAGUGUGGACCAAUCAUGUAUUUGAAGCUGGGAUUAGUACCAAGCAUCAUUGUCUCCAGUCCAGAGAUGGCAAAAGAAGCGCUCAAGGACAAUGGCUUGGCCUUUGCUUCGAGGCCAUAUCUUUUGAUCAAUGAGCUUGUAGGCUACAACUCUGUGGGAAUUGGAAUACGCUAUGGCGAGCAUACGAAGCGGUUGCGAAAGAUUUGCACUGUGGAGUUCCUCACAACCCAGAGAAUAGAUUCUUUUUCUUGGGUGAGAUCGGAAGAAUUGUCCAGAGCCUUUCGCGUUUUGCUAAAGUCGAGGGAGAGAAAAGCGGCAGUAAACUUGCGAGAGCUUUUGUCAACUUUCACAUUCAACGCAGUGACAGAGAUUUUGAUGAGCAGGAGAUUCUUUGGCGAUGCUUCCAAAGGAGAUGCAGACUCCAUAAAGUUCAGGAGAUCUAUACACCAGAGCUUAAGUCUGGCCAUCAAGUUCCACAUCACAGAGUUUGUUCCAGCCUACUUGAGAGGAUUCCUUGAGUGGCUUGAUCCCUCCAUCCCUCACUUCAAGAAGUUGCAUGAGAUUCAAGAUAGGUUCUUGCAAAAAGUACUUGAGGAACACAAGGAAUCACGCCAGAGUACCAAAGAUUUCAUGGAUAUCAUGCUAGAGAACUUCAAGGAGGAAGGGUCAGGAGGGGAAAACGUUGUCAAAGCUGUUAUAACAGAUCUAAUUCUGGCAUCAGACUCGACUGGAGUAGCUGCUGAAUGGGCGAUGGCACAACUUCUUCACAACCCCUCUGUUAUGGAGAAAGCCCAGAUCGAGCUCAAUCUUGUCGUGGGUCCAAACCGCCUAGUCGAAGAGUCCGAUUUCUCAAAGCUGGAGUAUUUUCAAGCUAUUAUCAAGGAAACUAUGAGACUUUGCCCUCCAGGUCCACUCCUCAUCCCUCGCAGCUCGGAUGAAGCUUGCAAGAUUGGUGGCUAUCACAUCCCCAAAGGCUCUACGUUGUUUAUCAAUGCUUUUGCCAUGGGACGCGACCCAAGAAUCUGGGAACACCCCACGAAGUUUAUGCCCGAGAGAUUCCUUGGAAGCUCGACGGACAUCAAGGGCCAGCAUUUCGAGCUCAUACCGUUUGGAUCAGGGCGGAGGAUUUGCCCCGGGAUGCCACUGGGACUGAGGACUCUCCAGUUGAUACUGUCAAAUUUACUCCAUGGUUUUGAUUGGAGCUUCGUCCAGGGAAAAGUUUAUACUCUAGAGGAUACUUUUGAGACUGCGUUGCUGCUCAAGAUUCCUUUGGAGGUAAUGGCAACUCCAAGGCACUCCUUGGAUGUAUAUAAAGUAUUCUAAACUGUGAUUUAGAAGAACAUAAUG